GACACGACAAUGUGUUGUUUGUAGCAUUACCCUCACAAUAUCUUCUAAUGCCAUAUUGAUGCAUAUGCCCUGCUGCGUUCUAAUCUCUUUCUAUUUAAGGCACUCUACUAGAGUGUGUUUUGCUGUAUUUAAAGUGCUUUUGCCGCGGUAACGACAGUCCUCGCUCUGCCUUUUUCCUUUCUUUUUUUGUAAGAACAGAAUACUCUUUCAUCCGCCAGUAGGUGUAGUGGUAUUAGACCGGCAACUACCAGCACUUCAUCCGUCUUACAGUGCACUCCAUACUCGUAGUGUCAUAAGUCUUUGUACGGCUCUUAUCUUCUAGAGAUAUGUCUGAGCUUUUAACGGUUCUAUCCAUGUUGCCACACCGUUUAAAAUUGAAAAUUGUGUGGUCAUAGCUAAUACUUUGCGCUCAUUGGGUCGUGGUCCUCGUACGUUAGGUAGUAAAGUAUUCAGCAGCUUCUACGUGUUUGACAAAUUUUAAGUUUAUGUUUAUAAUGGAUAAAGUAGUUAAAUGUAUUUAUAUGUUUAUAGUAAUCCCUAGAUAAGUUACAUGGGAAGACGGUUUAAUUAUAGAAUUGCCCAAGGUAAAAUUUAUGUCUGGAACUUUUUUUGACAAAGACAACUUGAGUUUUUUUCUGGCGCCACUUUUAAAUAAUUUUUUCUACUUUGCGUUCAUACUAAGAUGAGGGCUGUGUUCGAAACAUUGCUAUCCGGUAAAAAUUAAACUUGUAGUAGAGGGGCUCAGAGCGAUAUCUGGAUGUUACUAGUUUUCAAACGCGUUAAAGCGCACUAGCGCACAGAAUGUUGCGUCAGUUGUGAAGUUAUGUCUGUAGCUGUUGACGAUAUUAUAUUAUUAUAAUUUCUGCGUCACAUAAUCAGAAAUUGACUCCCGUCCUAUUUUCGGUAAUAACUGUUUCAACAAAGCGACCGUACUUAAGCUAUUAGUACAGUAUUACAACUUUGAGCUCAAAAUCCGUGAUAAAUCGGCUGUAGGUGCUAAUAGAGACUUUGCGCAUGAUACUUUUCGUUAUAGUUAUAAACCUGUAACGGAGAAAUUAUAAUUAUAAGGACGACCUCUUGUUUUUGCAUUUGCGCUCAGUAUUUUACGUUAGAUGUGGUUAGAAAACGAAACGUUAUAUUUUGUCAGAAAUUCGCCAGAAGGGAUUAAAGGAGUAAGUUAAACACAUACAAUUCUAAUUUGUUUAAAUUAUUAUAGUAGUAAUACAUAUGAGCAACAAUACGUUGGAAAUUCUUGCAAUAUGCCUCAGUACAGAAGAUGUAAAGGAGUAUUUAAUGAUCACAUUACUGAGGAAUGAAUUAGAAGAGAAACAACAAUUGUAUAGUUGUGUAUCAUUCGAUAUUGAUGUAAUACCCCUACAAAAUUUCCGCCAUAUGUUUCGAUUUGAUAGAGCAGACAUUAUAAGGCUGCAUGCAGCUUUACGAAUGCCUCUGCGAUGGCAAACUCCAGAUCGUCAAGUGAUCGGAGGAGUCAAAAGAUUGUGCUUACUUCUGCGACGUUUUGUGUAUCCGAACAGAUUGAAGGACCUUCAAAAUGAAUUUGGCCUACACUAUUCUUCUCUGAGCAAACUUUUGAAGCACAUAUGUCACUUCAUUUACAUAAAAUGGAGCAAAUUAUUGUUAAAUUUUAGCGAAAAUAAAUGGUUAACUGAAGACUACCUGCUGGAAAUUGCUGCACUGGUACACGCAAAAGGGGCCCCAUUAACUAAUUGUGUUGGAUUUAUUGAUGGGACGGCGCGGGCAGUCUGCAGGCCAAAUUUAAUGCAACGGGAGAUGUAUAGCGGACAUAAGAGAUUUCAUUGUCUCAAAUUUCAAUCCAUCACCUUACCAAAUGGAAUUAUUUUACAUUUAAGUAGCCCAUACCCAGGCAGACGACAUGAUGCAUUUAUCUUUAGAGAUACACAUAUGAUGGAACAGCUAAGAUUAUAUUGUGACCGAUUUUGUGUGUAUGGUGAUGAAGGCUACCCAUUAAGGAGGCAACUAAUACGCCCAUUUUCUAAUGUACAUUUGACAGAACAACAGCAGGAAUUUAAUAAACAAAUGGUGAAAGUUCGUCAAUGUGUAGAAUGGAGUUUUGGAAAAAUUAUUCAGCAAUCUGCUUUUGUUGAUUUUAAGAAAAAUCAGAAACUUUUUUUACAGCCUGUUGGUAAAUUUUAUAUCAUCGCAGCGUUACUCACUAAUGCGCACACAUGCUUUUAUGGAAGUACGACAUCACAUUAUUUUAAUGUUGAAUCCCCAAAUAUUCUAGAAUAUUUUCAGUAA